UAGGAAUCUCUUCUUCAAAAUUAGACUGCUCUUCCUCUAAAUCCUUUUUAAAUGAGGCCAUAAUCAAGCUAUAUCUUUCCACGGGAAACUUGGAAGUAAAAUGUUUUUUUGUGCCUGAAAUAAAAGGUAAUGGAGAAAAAUCUGAAACUAUACAUCUGUUCGUAUCAAGAGGACUUGCACCCAGCUUGACAGUUACAAACAGCACUUAUUCUGGUGUCUUUCACUUUAAUUUGUCAUUGGAAACUGCAAACCCUUCUUGGAAUAUAAAAAUUCCCAGAGAAGCCAUCUCACGAAAUAAAGGUAUUACUCCAGUAGAACAAUGGUUUGUCACCCUUUCACUUCAAGAGGGAUUAGAAACUUUUACUGCUGAAGGAACCCUUUUGGAUCUUCUCAGAGAGCCUAUUCUUCAGUGGAAGAUCGGAAAAAUCUUGCCCGUGAAAAAAUUUUUUUCAUUCUUUCAACAUGUGAAACGUAUCAUUAUUACAAGAUCUCCAUGUGCUAAUGAUGUAGCAGUAGUUGGUAUCACAUGUACUUCUUAUUGUCUUGGUGUUUACAUAGGUGUGACUCUUCUGGAUUUUGGCAUGAAAAUGAUACCAGAUGGUACAAUGUGCAGAGAAUAUCUGCACUGACCUGGAUGAAGACUGUGUAGCUUCCACAAUUGUGGAAAUGAUUUUAACAAAUCAUUUCUUAGUGAUCCUCACAUCAAUGGGGCUUUAUGUAAGUGAGGAUCUUCGUUAUCCAAAGGAUCAUUUAUCGUUCACAAGAAUAAAAUUCUGUGGUUUUGACAUGGCAGAUUUUAUUGUAGCAAAACUUUGGUAUAAUGAAAGAUGUCUAGCUAAUAAAGAAGACUUUGAAGAUGAUUACCUUGCUAUCACUUUUGAAAAAAGUAGGAGCUUGACUGAGACAGAUACUUGUUUCUAUAGUAAAGAUCCAUUUGAAAACUGGCAACCUUGCACACCCGAUACUAAAAAAUCUAGGAGGAGAAGAAUUUCCACUCGACUCGUGUCAUUUCUUAUUGACCAAGAAAUGAAUACUGCAAUCUACCUUUUAAGAGAUAAGAAACAAUGUCGGGUUGCUGUAAGGAACUUUUACAAAGGAUCACCAAAGGAGAAAUUAAAAUUUCCCAGUUUUAAGUUUCCUUAUAGUUUUUAUCCUGCCACUGGAAUGGCUUUCCAUCCUAGGAGUCAUUUUCUGUAUGUUUAUGGCAGUCAGGUCUGGCUUUCAUAUGAUGGAGGUAACAGUUUUGAGGUAGUGGCCAAUUUUGAGGAUGAAAUCAUAAUGUGGAGCUACCAUAGUUUCCAUACUUCAUCUAUUAUUUUUCUUUCUAAUACAACAACAUUAUAUUUUUCUAAGGCAGGUUUAUAUUCUUAUAAGAAAAUGGGACAAAGCAGAUUUCAUCCAGUUUGUGUGUACUUUGACCAUGUGGGCAGUGAAACUUUAGUUUAUCUGUCUAAUACCAGUUUGGAUGGUAUAGAUGUUGCCAUGGCAUUUACUAAUACUUCACUUUUACAGGUUGAUGAAGAUAUAAAAUUUAUAACUGCAUUAGCUCCACAGUACAUCACAACAUCUCAAAUUAUAUUCUUUGCAUAUGUACCCAGGAAUUCUCCAGCAUCAUUGACACGUGACUUAGAAUUUCAAAACCGUCACGUUGGCAGAAGACUCCAAUUAAAAACUACGGGAUUUGGUGAAAUACUGAAGCUAAUGCUACAUGAAGAAGUUGAAGGCUUUCCAAGUUCAGUGAUGAUAAAUUUACAAAGUCCGUUUGAAAUAGAAACUCCAAAGUUGAGUCCUUGUUUAAAUUCUGCUAUUAGGAUAGAAAGACAUGCAAAUCUCUUUAAAAUUAUUCUUACUUCUGUUCAAGUGGCUGAUCAAUUUCUAAGUUCUGAUAUUGAGAAAACUGUGGUGAUUCCUGGUUAUAGCAGUCUCUUAAUUAUUAAUAUUUUGGAUGUGAAGAACGCUUUAGCUCUUGCUACUAUGCCUGAAAAAGUAUCUUUACAACAAACCAUUGAGCCUACUAAAUGGAUCCUGUAUAAUUUUGGGUCUACAAAUGCUACUGAAUGGGAAAUUAUUACACCCCCCUGCAAAUUUAUGAUAAUGCAUAAUACCGUCCAUACAUCAAAAUCCAUAUUGAAAUACCUCGAUGUGGGAUCUAACUUAGAAUUUUCAAUUAAAGUCUUGACCCUGGAGGAUACCAGUAUUCGGAGAUUUAAAGUACCACAAAUAAAAGUUAUGGCUGGACAACCAUAUUUGAUGGAUAUAAACACACAUGCAUAUUGGGAUGAAACUGACAGUUACACACUUGAUCUUAAUAUUAUAAAUAGAUAUCUCAGAAAAGGUGUCACUUCAAUUUCAUUCAUAGUCUGGCAGUCUACAGUUCUGUGUGAAACACCAAUAAUUGUCUUAACACUGAAGAGCAGCUGUAGUUAUAGUAAAUACAUGAAUUAUGUGCCUAAAUAUGAAAUAAAAGGUGAGGACUGGGAAUUUGGACAACAUAAAGAUGAACGUGGUUUCAACAUGAUUAAAGUCUUGCCGAUAAACUACCGGCCGCCAUCCAAUAUGGGAAUAGCCAUCCCACUCACGAAUAACUUUUAUAAUGCAGAUCCCAGCAUGCCCAGGCCAAGGAAUUAUCAUCCCCUCUCAAAAAAAUCAGGCAUAUAUAAGCAGUGUUUAAACAAGACUCAUAGAGAAGAUUGUCACUGUACAGAGGAAAUGAAGAAAUCUGAAAACAUAGUCUUCUCAGACUGCAAGGAAAAGGUUGCCCGUUUUCUGUAUCCAGUUUUACAAUAUCCUAUCCUUUUGCACAUCAAGCAUGACGAGCUCUCCAUCCCAAUGGACAUUCCAUAUCUUGUUACUGUAUCUGAAGUGAACAAUAGGAAAAACUGGAAACUCAGACACACAGUGAAAAAUGAGAUGAAACGAAUGAAAACCCAUGUAGAAUCAUUGUUUUCAGAUUUGGUGUUUAAUCCAAAUGGUCUAAGGCUGAGCAUAACUGGUUCUGAGUUAUUCCACUUCAGAGUGAAAGUUAUUCCUGGAGUCACCUUUUGUAAUUUAGUUGACGAGUUUCAGAUUUAUGUUGAUAGUGCACCACUUCCAUUUCCAGGAAGGGUACUUGUUGCAUCUCUUACAGCUGUAGUCAUAGGAGGAAUAAUUUUAAUGGUAUUUAUGGUGGAAUUAUUUAAUGUCAAUAUAUGGAUGUCUUUUAAAAAUUUGUUUAAGAAAAAGAACAAAGUUGUAGCUGAAAAAGCUACUGAUCACAUAGAAAGAUAGAAAUAGAAAGAAUUAUAUGUUUUGCCACAGAGGAAGAACAUGAAAACCAGUAUAGAAUCUAUUUGUUUUUUUUCCUUACUGUUCUUUAGUCUCUUCAGAUUCCUAGGAGAAGUUUAAAUAUACAAGCCAAACAAUAGUCAUAUAAAAUUAAUAUUUCUUUUAGAAUUUAAUUACUUCUAAAUAUAAAUGUUUACUUUUAUAAAUUUAACUGUCAAACUAUUUUUGUUAAUAUACAAUUGUUACUGCUCAUUUUUCUUUAUUAUUCAAUGCCUUCUUUGUCUCUUUCAAAAAAUUGAAUUAUAUAUUAAAUAUUAUGUUUUCAGCUUCUAUUGUAUGACAUGUUUUAGAACUACCUUGUAAAUUUUAUUUAAUGUAUUU